UUUCCGCCGCAGAUCUUACAGGUGAAUCUAGUGAUGUCCAUCCUGCUGUACGUGAUGUUCCUGGUGUACCUUUGUGGAAUAAAGGCCACGUCGAUGGACAAACGCAAGCCCACACAGGACCCCGUCAACACCCUCGUCAUCAAACUCCUGCAGGCGGACCUCACCCGGACCAAGCAGCGCCAGGCGGGGUCGUGGAACGAGGCGGUAGAGGACGCCCCGCCCCUGCCGGCGGCCGAACCCAGCUCCCCGGAGGACACGGACCUGGACGGGAAGCCCAGCUCCUUUUACCACCCUGUGCUGGACAUCGGGGAGGAGCUGUUCAAACAGCACAAGCGUUACAACUCGCCCCGCGUGUUACUGAGCGACCGGCCUCCCCUGCAGCCGCCGCCCCUGUACCUCAUCGACGACUACGUGGGGAGCUCGGACGCUGCCAACAAAACGCGCAAGAAACGCUACGCCGAGCACAAGAGCUACCGGGGAGAGUACUCCGUGUGCGACAGCGAGAGCAAGUGGGUGGUGGACAAGACCACUGCCGUGGACAUCCGGGGUGAACAUGUGACCGUCCUGGGCGUGAUUAAGGGCGUGGGAAACGACGUGAAGCAGUACUUUUACGAAACCAAGUGCCGGAGCACCAAGCCCUUUCGGAACGGCUGCCGGGGGAUCGACGACAAGCACUGGAACUCCCAGUGCAAGACCUCGCAGACGUACGUGCGGGCGCUGACCUCGGAAAAGACCUCGGUGGGCUGGCGCUGGAUACGGAUAGACACGUCCUGCGUCUGCGCGCUCUCGCGGAAACUGCGCAGGACGUAG